AAAUACAGAGAGGCUUUUAGAAAUAACAAGAAGUAACAGAACACAGAUGGGUGAUCAAACAACACGACACAUACAAACCGAGUUAAAGCUGUCUCCUUUCUCACCAAUCGUAAAUCACCACCAUGGCUCCGCCGCGAAUACAAUGCAACUAAUUUUGUUCGGACACUAUCACUAGAGAGAGAAGAGAGAAGAAGAGUUUCAGUUAUGGAGAGAAUAGAUACGAUUAGAAUGGUGAGGGUUACGCAGGACGGUUCCGGAGACUACCUCUCCGUCCAAGACGCAGUCGACUCGGUUCCUCUCGGAAACACGUGUCGUACUGUGAUCCGUCUCUCACCGGGGGUUUACCGACAGCCUGUGUACGUGCCCAAGAGAAAAAACUUCAUCACUUUCGCGGGAACCUCCCCGGAGAUCACCGUCAUCACUUGGAACAACACCGCUUCAAAGAUCGAGCAUCACCAGGCGUCGAGAGUCAUAGGGACGGGAACGUUUGGGUGCGGGAGUGUUAUUGUCGAAGGUGAAGACUUUAUUGCAGAGAACGUUACUUUUGAGAACGCUGCUCCUGAGGGAUCAGGCCAAGCUGUGGCGAUUAGAGUCACUGCAGACCGUUGUGCCUUUUAUAAUUGUCGCUUUCUUGGCUGGCAGGAUACGUUAUAUUUGCAUCAUGGGAAACAAUAUUUGAAAGACUGCUACGUUGAGGGAAGCGUGGAUUUCAUAUUUGGGAAUAGCACCGCGCUCUUGGAACACUGCCAUAUCCACUGCAAAUCUCAGGGUUUUAUUACAGCACAAAGCCGAAAAUCGUGUCAGGAAUCUACUGGUUACGUGUUCCUAAGAUGUGUGAUCACUGGGAAUGGUGAGAGUGGGUAUAUGUAUCUGGGAAGGCCAUGGGGGCCAUUUGGGAGGGUGGUGCUUGCGUACACUUACAUGGAUGCAUGUAUCAGAAAUGAUGGUUGGCAUAACUGGGGAAACGCAGAGAAUGAGAGAAGUGUUUGCUUUUAUGAGUACAGGUGCUUUGGUCCUGGUAGCUGUUUGUCCGGACGUGUUACGUGGUCGAGAGAACUGAUGGAUGAAGAAGCGGGACACUUUCUGCAUCAUAGUUUUGUGGAUCCAGAUCAGGACCGGCCUUGGUUGUGUCUGAGAAUGGGAGUGAAAACACCAUAUUCUGCGUAGAAUACUUGUUGUAAUUGAACUUGGAAUAUUAUCUUUGUCAAAGUGAAUAAAUGC